UAGAUGAAAGGAAAACUCAAAAUUGGCUUAACGAGUUGAUUUCAAUUUAUUGGUCUAAUAUCCUGAGAACUAUCUAGUUAAGUUCAUUUUUAGUUCUAAUACUUUUUUUUAUUUCUUAGCAUUAUGCACACAGACAAUUUUUCAUCUGUGAAUGAAGACAGGUUUACUUCUUCCUUUCUAGUCUUUAUGCCUGUAAUUUCUUUCUCUUGCCUGCACAAGCUGGCUUAGAACCUUUAGUGCAAUGUUGUAUAAGUGAGGAAACUAUAUCCUUGCCUUUACAGAAACCUUCCUUUGGGACUGUCUUCUUCCUUACCCUACAAUGUCCAGUGUCUUAAAUCAGAUUGGAAGUGUUCAGAUGGAUUGGAAAGAACAGUAUUUAGGAGAUAACCAAUAUACUGCUCCUACAGUGUGAAGUUAGGGAUUUGUGUUUUAGACUAAAGAAUGCUGCAGCCAAGAGUGAGCUUGUCAUCUAUGACCUAUAUUUAUUGUAGUAAUACAGUCUGACUGAAGAUAAUUUGAAGUGGACAUACUCACAUACUGUUGUAGGAUGAGUUAAACAUAGGGUGGAAGCUGGCUUAAAAUAAAAGAGACCUUCAUGAGAAAACAGAUACUUGGAUUUGAACUGCAUUUUGGAAUUUAUCAACAUUUACAAUGCCACCAGCAGUUGGAGGUCCAGUUGGAUACACCCCCCCAGAUGGAGGCUGGGGGUGGGCAGUGGUAAUUGGAGCUUUCAUUUCCAUCGGCUUCUCUUAUGCGUUCCCCAAAUCUAUUACUGUGUUCUUCAAAGAAAUUGAAGGUAUAUUUAAUGCCACCACCAGUGAAGUGUCAUGGAUAUCUUCCAUCAUGUUGGCUGUCAUGUAUGGUGGAGGUCCUAUCAGCAGUGUCCUAGUGAAUAAAUAUGGCAGUCGUCCAGUCAUGAUUGUUGGUGGCAUCUUGUCAGGCAGUGGCUUGAUUGCUGCUUCCUUCUGUAACACUGUGCAGGAACUUUACUUUUCUGUUGGAGUCAUUGGAGGUCUUGGGCUUGCCUUCAACUUAAAUCCGGCUUUGACCAUGAUUGGCAAGUAUUUCUAUAAGAGACGACCGCUGGCAAAUGGACUAGCCAUGGCAGGCAGCCCUGUGUUCCUCUCUACCCUGGCCCCCCUCAACCAGGCUUUCUUUAUGAUCUACGGCUGGAGAGGAAGCUUCCUAAUUCUCGGGGGCUUACUAUUAAACUGCUGUGUGGCUGGAGCUCUGAUGAGACCAAUAGGGCCCAAGCCAACCACUGCAGAGAAAGAGAAGUCUAAAGGAUCCCUUCAGGAAGCUGGAAAAUAUGAGACAAAAAAGGGGGCAAGUGAUGCAAAUACAGAUCUCAUUGGAGGAAACCCCAAAGAAGAGAAAAAAUCAAUCUUCCAAACACUUAAUACAUUCCUGGACUUAAGCCUGUUCAAGCACAGAGGCUUUUUGCUUUACCUGUCUGGAAAUGUGCUCAUGUUUUUUGGACUAUUUACACCAUUGGUCUUUCUUAGCAAUUAUGGCAAGAGUAAGCAUUACUCUAGUGAGAAGGCUGCCUUCCUUCUUUCCAUUCUGGCUUUUGUUGACAUGGUAGCCAGACCUUCUAUGGGACUUGUAGCCAACACAAAGUGGAUAAGACCUCGAGUUCAGUAUUUUUUUGCCGCAUCUAUUAUUGCAAAUGGACUGUGUCAUCUGGCAGCACCUUUAUCCUCUACCUAUAUAGAGCUCUGUAUCUACGCGGGAUUCUUUGGAUUUGCUUUUGGGUGGCUCAGCUCAGUAUUGUUUGAAACACUGAUGGACCUUGUUGGACCCCAGAGAUUCUCCAGUGCUGUGGGAUUGGUGACCAUUGUGGAGUGCUGUCCUGUACUCCUGGGACCACCAGUUUUAGGUCGUCUCAAUGACAUAUAUGGAGACUACAAAUACACAUACUGGGCAUGUGGCAUAAUCCUUAUUGUUGCAGGCAUCUAUCUUUUCAUUGGCAUGGGCAUCAAUUACCGACUUCUUGAAAAAGAACAGAAAGCUGAGAAGCAGCAGAAAAAGGAAAGUAAAGAUGAGGAGACCAAUGUAGAUGUUGCCGAGAAGCCAAAAGAAGUCAUCGAUGCAGCAGAAUCUCCAGAACAUAAAGCCACAGAAGGAGACCCCAAAGAGGCGGAGAGUCCAGUUUGAACCUGUGGGACUGAAGGGUAAAUGGUGCAGCUCAUGACCCAAAAUAUUCUAUUGGCCUGUGAUCUACCAGUGGUGCUCAGUGCAAAUACUGGACAUUUCUGUGGGAAUCAUACCAGGGGUUUAUUGAUGGAAUUUUUGUUUCACUCCUUACCAGUAGCCUGGAUUAAAAAUGCCUAGCCUUGGGAAGGGAGUGGUUGAAAAAGAAUGAGAAAAGGAAGUCAGUUUGUGUGUUUGUUUCUUUGUUUAAAUCUUUGCUUUUAACAGUGUCAUGAAGAUUAUAAUACGUGCCUUAAGUUUUAGUCUUUAGGGAGCCUUAACUAUUAAAACUAUUCUGCUUAACUCAUCCAUUUUCAGUGUUCCGUUACAAAUAAAAAUAACUGCUUUGAGGCAAAUCUAAAAUUUUAAAUUAAUUUUGUUUCAUAUUGUCACUAGAAGAUUUGAAAGUUGGUGGUUUUAUAAAACCCUGACUAAAAUAUUUUCCUAGCAUCAGUAGUUGCUUGGCAUAUGUGCCUGCUAGAUAUGUAUUUAGGAAAUUUAAGGCAUGAAACUUUGAAAACAUCUUGGCUUUUCUGGAUGCAUUGUAUUUACUCAUCAUCAACCCUCCAGUAUCUUUUCUUGGGUUGCUUAUUAGAAGUCAAGUGCUUGAGAGUUGAUUUCAUUAAAUUACUAUUUUUCUUCCCCUUUCCAAAGAUACAUUUUGCGUAGUCAUAGAUAAUUGCCCUUUUUGAGAUUACAUACUAUUUUUUCAAUGUAAAAAUUAGUAUUAAAAUACACAACUAUGUAUUCGUGCCUCCUCACUAAAUUAAAUGUAGAAAGCUAUUUCAUACAGCAGCUGAAUUCAGCUUAAACUUUUCCAAAACUUCAGUUAAACUGUGAGACUUGGAAUCUUUUUUUGUUGCUGUUUUCCUGGAAUUUUACCCCUUUGAUUCCUAGUGGUUUCAUUUAUAUCCAUAUCUAGCUUAGCACUGAGUGUGAGAUACUCAGUCUGUGUAGUGUUUGCUAAUUAAAGAGAACCAUAGAAAUUUGGCCCACAGAAACCAAUAGGGAUAAGAUUGGGAGAGAAGUUGCUAUUUUGGCUUAUCAAUAAAUAACUCCUUUUCUUUUUCUGAUAAGGCCUUAAAGGAAAUUAUGUUUUGCUUAGAAUUAUUGGGCAUAUUCUUAUUCUUCACACAACCCUAAAGAUUUUUUCACUUUAUCUGAAAUGUAAAGAAAUGGGUUUAGUAUACAGAUAGGGAGGGGGACAGACCAGAAUGAAAACUGUAAAUUUUUUUUAACCUAGUAUCUUUUAAAUUGCAGCAGGAAGAUAAUGUUAGACAUUCAAUGAAUUAUAUUCAAUGCAUUUUAAAAUAUUGCGGUUGACAGUGUGGAAGUAUAGACAUAAAACCUUAUUUAACAGGCUGGCUUUUUAAAAUAAAAAUUUUCUUUUUUUUUUUUUUU